UCUCUGAGCAGUAGGCCGAGCGGAAGCAGACAGAGGGCACUGUUGCUCUACAAUGGCGGCGAGUUUGACGCGUUGUGUUUGUCGCCAGCUUCUGUCUGUCGGCACCUCCACCCGGAGUUUGUUCUUCGUAGGCUCCCAACCUCGCGCUGCUCGUGGCAUCGCUGGGUUGCCGUGGCUUUACGUACGGCACGAGAGAACAACUUGGGGUGUCUUACUACUUCGCGGUGCCAAGAGGACUGAAGCGAAGAGACCGCGGAGCACCUCGGCGGCUGACAGCAGUGGGGGUCUCACGGCGGGGGUGACCUCCACGCACUACCACCUCGUGUACACGUGCAAGGUGUGCCAGACGAGGUCAAUGAAGAAAAUCUCCAAGCAGGCUUACCAUGAUGGAGUCGUCAUUGUGAAGUGUUCGGGCUGUGAAAAUCAUCACAUAAUUGCAGACAAUCUUGGGUGGUUUUCAGAUCUGGAAGGGAAAAGGAACAUUGAAGAGAUUUUGGCAGCCAAAGGAGAAAAAAUACAACGCUUUACUGGAGACGAGGCAGUGGAAUUGUUACUGAAUAAUAAUGGAGAUCUGCAAAAAUGCAGGAAGACGGAAACUUGUGGAGAUGAACUCCAGAAUGAAAAUAAGGUGACGCUUAAACCUUGAAUUCCGGAACUCGUUCCUCUUCUGAAAUAAAAUAUGACUUUGGCAGACUGCUUGGUGUUCUUGUGGGGACCCUCCAUGAGCCUGAAGCACACUGGCAUGGUGGCACCAGAAAUCGAUUCAAAUGGGCCUUUAGAUCUCUGAGAUGGCCUGCAGCUCCUCCACUUUGGCUUCUCAGAUUUGGGACAUUUUUAGAGGGUCCGUCUGUCUGAUGGGUUUGAUGUGAAGACGUCGGUGUGGUUGAUGUCAAUUAGGUGUUUGUUUCUUUAUUGAUAAAUUAGUAAUAAAAAGACCAAAUUUAGGCCGCCGUAUCCACUGAGUGCAGCACACUUAAA